AUGAAUACUGACUCGUCUUCUCCAAGUGGUUCUCAACCAGCAGACACCACUCCACCGCCUAUGCCUACGGUCACUUCUGCUUCCGGACAGACGGUCACGAUGUCUAUGGAAGAGAUGAUGCGCAUGGUUGUAUCGUUGUCAUCGCAACUAUCGACGUCUUCUCCUGCAGCUACAUCUACCACACCAGUCCAACCUGCCAUCCCUGCUUUCAUCUCAGUUCCCACACCCGAACGUAAGUCUCUCUUUGAUGCUUUUCCGCGUUUGGAGGCAGGCACGCUUUUGGCGGUUACCCGCCAUGAGAUUCCCCCACUCGAUAUUCGCAAACUCGACCCGAUUCUGCUUAAGAAGGCUUUUGACGAGGGAACCCUUGCUGCAGUGGGCAGCCAUUCAGGCUGCGCUAAAGAUUACCCCUCCCUCGCUUCCCUUCUCCCCCCUCUCGGUCUCUACUUCCAGAUUCUCAUCCAUUUUGCCACUUCUGGUGGCCAACUCGACAUUGUCUCAGCUCUCGCUACCGGCAUGCUGCAGUACAUUCUGCAUCUGACAGAUCUCAACCAACGUUACGAAUGGCAUGCAGUCCUUACCUAUCACAUGAGCUAUCAUGCCGAUCGCCGCCGUGAAAUGGUCAACAACAUUUAUACGGGCUGGGGUAAACCCUCGAGUGACCUCAUCACAGAACAUCUUCAAGGACGGGAGAUCCAACGACGAGCUAAGCAGUCUGAUGCGGGAUCAUCUCAAAAGUCUACUCCUAAGAAGCCGAAGGUUCCCAUAGAGCAGCAAACCUGCUUCGCUUUCAAUACUGGGUCCUGCACUUACAAUCCUUGUAAACGCAUUCAUCAAUGCUCAUCUUGCCAAAGCAAGGACCAUACAGUGGUGUCCUGCUUGAAGAAAUCCUCUUGA